AUAAAUACUCUCUGGUUACACUGCUAAGAAACAAUAGAAAGUUUCUUUUCGUGGUUAGCAGAGUGUCUAUUGCACAUUGUCAAAUUACCAGUUUGUUCAGUGCUUUUUUUCUGAAGAAAGAAUGAAGAUUCCCAAAGAGGUCCAGUGCAGGACUUGUGCUCAAGUAUUCUGCUGUGCAAAGUGCCGAGAAAAGCACGAAAACAACAAUCACAAGGAAAUGCAAGCAAUUCGACAAAUUUGCUAUAUUUGCAAUAACCGACCAUUUCCGCUGAAACCGGAUAUGAAAGUAACACCAAACAAUUUGCUGGUAGAACACAUCUUAAAAGAGCAUCUGCCAUUACGCUGCAAUCGAUGCGCCAAGGUGUUCCACACGACUUCUGAUUUCGAAUCAAUUACUCGUUGCUUAACCAUCACUGAUAGGAACGGAACUAGUGCAACCGACGCCGUCUGCCAGUUAGAACAAAAUGCUAUGCAAAUACCAACUAUAAAAGAAGCAUCUCCCGAAAAUGGCAUUGUUCGUCCGCAGGAAGUAGAGGAUAAAGAAAAUAUAAAUGACAACUGUUCUGUUGUUAACUCUUCCGACUAUUCCAAUGGGAACAGUGGUAAAGUACAUCAAACAGCAAUCAAGGUUAUGAAAGCAUCCACUGUAACAGCAACCACUCCUCGUAUCUCCAAGGAACUCCGUGCUAUUACGGACCCAAUUGAGGAAAUUCCUGAUAUAAAUAAAGCUAUGUUAACUCCGCUUUCCAUGAUCAACUUGCGUUGGAAGCGAAAGAGCAGACAGAGUUUUGAUAGUAUGUUGUGCGUCACAUCGAAUAUAUCAGCUGUCAAUGCUUCCUCGGAGGAUCCGGGUAAUGGACCACCUAGUCCUAACAAAAAACUGGUUCGAACCACGUCAACUCCGAUGAUGCAUGGUUGUUUACCACACAGGAAAGGGGCAGCUAAUGAAUCCUAUACAAGUGCAAUGGGACAAAUGUCCAGUAUCCACCACAGUAAUAGCGGCAGCGAUUCCGAUUCAAAAGCCGAAGAUCCAGUAACAUCGUCACCAGCUUCUUAUGAAAUACUUCCCAAGGUUCGCGCCAUCAGCCGAAGUCGAUCACGAGCAGUGGCCACACCUUUAAGACAGGUUAUGUCAAAGAGUAUUCAACGGGCGAUUGCACAGCACGGUUACUACUCCAAAAUUUUGGCUCCAGGAACACAGCGAAAAAUGAGUUUCAACUCAACUAAUGGCAGUAGUGUGAACAGUACUUCUGAUUCUUCCUUGCGAGGAGCAGCGUUGGAUCUCCGCACGACACCGGUUCUGAAAAGAGCCUCCAGUGAAUCAGCGGCCUCGUCAGGAUUCGCUUUUCACAAAACAGCAAAGAUGAUUUGCCUUCCCAAAAAAUCAAACGAAGAAUCUUCCGAAGCUAGAGUAACCUUUUCCAGUUAUUACGAUACUCACCAAAGCCUAGACACAAGUCGUGAGAUAAUAGAUCAAGAAAACCGUGAUAACCAGCGGUUAGACGAAGAAAGCUUGAUUGUCCAUCGAAGAUCAAAGUCUAAAACCGCUCACAAUUAUCAGGAUACUCCAAAGAUGGCUGGUGGAAUAUUAAAAAAGGUUAUUACAUUUGCAACACCAGAAAUGUCCCGAAAAAGCACAAAAGAUGAUUUUGACGAAGAUGGAGAUGAAGUUUGGGCAACACCAUGUGCCGUUCCCACUCGUAGUUUCAGCUGCUCAGCAAUAGGAGAUUCACGUUUUGAUUCUAUUAUGACCGAAGACAACAGUGACGCCUCCGGUUCGGAUGAUGUAUUCAUGCCGCCAUCUAAGACUAAAUCUUGCACACAGUAUAAAGCUCCCCAGUCCUUGCCUAGUACUGGUAGGCUGUGGACAAUUGUAACAAACGUGAUGAGACUUGCGAGUCGUGGUGACAUACAAGAGGAGCUUGCCACUUCAGGCUCCGCGUCGUCGGUUACUGAUAAUACCGAAGAAGAUGGCAAAGUUUCAUCUACAUUAUUGAAAAAGGCAGCUUCAUUCGCUGGAUUUUUAAAAGAUCGAUUUCCAGUACGAGCAUCUAAACCACAGCAGUCGCGUAAUUCUUCAUCUGGCUCAGAAGAGUUUGCGAUACCGUACAGUCAAGAAGCAGGGGCUGGGCUUAAGCGGCGGCGAACCGCUUCUCUGUACACCAGACCUUACGAAUUUAUAGGAAAUGCUGCUGCAGUUCAUAGACUCACUAGUUCUAGUCCACUGGCUAAGAGGGCGAAACGCAUUCAGGGAAGGCAACCGAUCGAACGAAUGAGAAGUAACAGUAGAAGCGAUGGUAGUGGAAGUGACAUCUGAUGACUGUAAUACUGGGGCAAUUUACGCGACUUAGUUUAGUUUAAUAUCGAUACGAUGCUCAAUUUGUUGCGUAACUGCUAAUAACAAUCAAUAAUCGCGUUUCAAAGUCAUAUUGUGAAAGAAACUAGUAUUGCAUGUUAUUCUUCCUAUGUAAUAGAUGUAAAGUGCCAUAUCAAUGUCAGCUUGUAUUGUUAGAAUAAAUAUAUACAUAAACAAAAAUUGACGAAAUAA